AAGUCAGUCUAAAAAACAAUACUUGUGGGUCUACGUUCGAAUUUUGCGAUUUUCAUUUAUUUUAUUUUAAUAGGCAUUUGAAUAAUAGUUAUUAGUUUUAUUUAUAUAUUUUUACAUAAUUAAUUUAUAGUCACUAGCACCUGAAAAAUGGAUCCGAUUUCGAUUUUACAAAGCAGAAUUGAACAGUUGGAAGCUAAACUUGGUUUGGCAGCUAAUGCUCCUAUUGAUGGACAGCAAGGAGAUACUGCUACUGCGAACCUGCUCAAUACUGCGCAAGCUAUCAACAAUGCUACGGCCGGGCAUGAGAAACUAUCUGAGGCAAUGCCCAUGGCAUCUGAACUGAACAACUAUACUGACCCGAAUUUCGUUGAGAACAUGCAGCAGAAUGAAAUGCAUAUGCAUGAAGUGGCAGCUGCGGAGCCAGUCAUCAAGCACCAUUGUCACUGCAUGCACCGCUGCAAGCAGGCAGCAUCAGUGCUUGAAUCGGAACCUAUUCAGCACACAGCUCAGAUGCAAGAGGUAGUCAACAACAUGCAAGCUGCUGCCGCUGAAGUGAAGGUGGAGGCUGAUGCUGUAUCUCAAGGUGUGCAAGAAUUGGCUGAAACAUGUGGUGCUGCUGCUUCUGAUGCAUCGGAGCAAUUGGCUAAUGUUGCUCAAAAAGUUGAACAAACUGAGCAGAAGAUGUUCCCUCGAAGACGAAAUGGACUUGACUAACAAGUCCGUGCACAGCUAAAACUUGUGAUAUAACUAUAUUGCUUGAUAAUCUUUAUAUAGAUCAUUUAUUUAUUCAAACUUACUGAAAUUAAAGAGUAUUAAUUUUA